GGUGUCACUGGCAAAACAAGAGUAAAAAAAAAAAAAAAAAAGCUAAGCGACGCUCCAACCUCAGAUUUGUCAACGACACGUGGUUCCCUUCCUUAGAUAUGUCAAAGAAAAAGGUGUCACUGGCAAAACAAGAGUAAAAAAUAAAAGGAAGAGCUAAGCGACGCUCCAACCUCAGAUUUGUCAACGACAUGUGGUUCCCUUCCUUAGAUUUGUCAAAGAAAAAGGUGUCACUGGCAAAACAAGAGUAAAAAAAGAGGUAAGCGACGCUCCAACCUCAGGUUUGUCAACGACACGUGGUUCCCUUCCUUAGAUAUGUCAAAGAAAAAGGUACUGGUUCCAAAUGACCAAUUAAGGGCUAGGUUCUUCUUACCCCUGUGUUGCUUAGCUCUCAACAUUUUUUUACUGUCUUGUCUGUCUACUAGGUGUCACUGGCAAAACAAGAGUAAAAAAUAAAAGGAAGAGCUAAGCGACGCUCCAACCUCAGAUUUUUCAACGACACGUGGUUCCCUUCCUUACAUUGGGCAUUUGGACAACAUUGUUUACUCUUUCCAGGUGACAAAACAAGUUAUCAAACUGGACAAGUCAAAAGACUCAAGCAGUACAAUGGCAGACUUAUCAUUGUGGUUCCCCUAUAUUUGGAAAACAAAAAGGUGGCGAAAAAAGAGGAAGAGAACCGUAGAAGACGUGCAAACCAGAUUUAUUCACCUACAUUUGGCAAGGAUUAGGAAACAGGUAUUUGUGGUUUGUGCCAAUUCAGAAUUUCUUAUAUUCUGUUAGUUAGAAUUAGGAAUAGUUAAUAAUCAUCAUGUUUAACUUUCCUUUCAGUCCACUUGUUCUGCAAAGUGAAGACCAGGCACUGAUGAUGGAUGCAGUUGCCAGCGAGACAGACACUGAAUUUUUUAAUUUUGUCCCCCAAAAAAAUGCUACCUCUGUUAUAUGGUGCUAUUUUGGCUUUACGAGAACCUAUACUGAGCAAAAAGAGGUACACUGCUACGUCACAUGGCAACACAACAAAUUUAUACCAGCACCUAAAACAGCAUGGAGAAAAUUAUAAAGAAUGCAUGACACUGAAAGGCCAGAGUAAAGACACAGCGGCUGCCGCUCUACAAAACAAAGAACAAGCAAGCCGAACAAGCCAGAGCAUAAUUACAGAUGUAUUUGCGAGUAUCACGCCAUAUGCCAAGUCUUCACAGCGAAAUAAAGAAAUCACUGACGCCAUAACCCAAUGCUUGUCAAGAGACGAGACAUGAUGCCAUUAUACACAGUUAGCAAAGUGGGAUUUCAGAAACUGAUCCACACUCUGGACAAGAGGUAUCAGCUGCCCUCACGAAACUACUUCUCUCAAACAGCUAUCCCCGAGCUUUACAGCAAAUGCCGUGAUGCAGUUCAACAGGAAAUGGCUGGGGUGAAAUUAUUUUCCACCACUACGGACUUGUGGUCAAGCAGAACAACUGAACCAUAUAUUAGUCUAACUGUGCACUUUGUCAAUGAGGAGUUUCAACUGAAAAGCCGUUGCCUGCAAACAUCCCAUUUUCCUGAUGACCACACAGGAGAGAACAUAGCCUUGGGCUUGAAGGAGGCAUUGGCUGCAUGGAACCUCUGUGAAGAUCAUCAGGUCGCUAUCACAACAGACAAUGGAACGAAUAUAGCAAAAGCUGUGGAGCUUAAUCAGUGGACAAUAUUUCAGUGCUUUGGGCAUAGACUUCAUCUGGCCAUUGGAAAUGCCAUGAAGAAUAGUGUGCAUGCACAAUGUAUCAGCAGGGCUCUUGGGAUAUGCAGGAAGUUGGUGGGCCACUUCUCCUAUAGCUGGAAGAAGAGGGUGGCCUUGAGGGAGGCACAAAGAGAACUCGACCUUCCAGAACAUGCUAUGGUGACCGACUGCUCAACAAGAUGGGGUUCCACUCAGAAAAUGAUAGCACGAGUCAUAGAGCAGCAAAAUGCUCUGUCCAAGAUUCUCUCCACAGACCGUAAAGUGAGACACCUUCUGCCCUCAUGGCAGGACCUGGAGGUUUUGGAAUCUGUUAACAAGGCCCUCAGUCCAAAACAAGAUUUCACAGAUGCCCUAUCAGGUGAAAGUUAUGUAAGCAUUUCCUGUGUCAAGCCUGCUCUCAAUCUCCUGAACACUUCUGUGUUGGCUGAAGAAGAAGAGGACACUGACCUAACCAAGUCACUAAAAUCAAGAAUUCUACAGUACCUUAAUGAGAAAUAUGAAGUCACCCAAGACCUGUUAAACAUGGCAUCUUUUAUGGACCCAGAACACAGUACCUGUCAGCCGAUGAGACCCAGAGCAUCAAAGAUCGAGUCAUCGCUGAGUUGCAGGAACUUCAGCAGCAUCAGCCUGAACCCCGAAGCACUGCAGCAAUGGAGGGGGAUAGUCAUGUGGAAAACCCACCUGCUGCGAAAACCAAGAAGAAAAGUCUUGCAAGUUUUUUCAAGGAAUCUACACGUGCAGCAGCAGCACCACUGUCAGGCAACACUGCAUUUGAUCCCAUAGAACAGUUUAGAGAAGCAGUGGCUGCAGAACUCAAUAUUUACAUUUAUAUGCCACUUAUAGAUCAUGGAGAAGAUCCUUUGAAAUGGUGGAAGUUUCACAAGAUCAACUUCCCUAGGCUAUGCAAAUUAGCACAAAAAUAUCUGUGUAUCCAAGCAACAAGCUCUGUGUCAGAGAGGGCUUUUAGCAGCAGUAUCUAACCAUCGGUCCUGUCUGAAACCAGACAAGGUGGAUAUGCUGGUGUUUUUGUCAAAGAACCUCUCAGCAAGUGUUUCAAAAUAGGAUUUAGGAAGUACUUAUAAAAAAAGCUUGUGGAUUUAGAAAUUCUGCAGGCCCAGAGUACAAUUAUUUCAGGGUGCAGGACGGUCCAGGACCAAAAACUGCUUCAUUAAAGGGUUUCACUUUAUGUCCCCACUCCCCAGGAAGGGAUAGUUCUCUUAUCUUUGUUUGUUAGGAUGCUAGACAGAUGUCCCGCAGGGUGUGCGCUGUCUGCGGGGGAAUAGUCUUGUCACAUGUCCCCCUCUCGGGGGCGUGUGGCCUUUGUGAUCUCCCCGCACCCACCGCACACCUAUGCGAUUGCAUAAUGUAUGGGCACUUCUUGUUAUGAUUAGUUUUCUUUUUAUGGCACUUUUAUGUUUUUGUAACACUCUUACCGUCUUUUGGUUGUUGGCCUACUGGCCAUUUAUUUGCUUUAGACGUGCACUGCGUGGGACGUCGCUGGUACUCCCGCCGGCGUCGCUCGUCUCGCCCAUCUGGAUAUUAUAUACAUUUUUUAUUUUAUUUUUAUUUUUCACAUUUUAAAAAAAUAGGAAGAAACUAAGUUGCAUCAAGUAGAGUAUUACACAAGCAUUGAAGAGGAGGACCUUUCAUUACCGUAAAAAAUCUAAAAUAUACAGACAUGGAGAGCGGUGCCCAGGGAUCUCCCUGAACUUACUAUUAUCU